GUCGGCGAUAUCGAAUUGCGCCAAAGUUCGGCACCCAGGCUUGUCCCAUGGACCUCGAACAAUUUUUUCAAGGACUACAAAUUAGUUAGAACCACUUCUACUACCAAAAAAAAGAGGAGCUUUGCUGCUAUGCUCCGUGAGAGUACUUUUGUACAGCUUGGCAACUUUAUUCAACGUGAGAUACUAGGCGUAGUAAUAGAGAAUGCGAAUGACUCUGACCUCUACGUGGACAUAGGAGGAAAAUUCUUGGCAGUCGUUCCACAGCCUGAGAACGCCUUCUACCCCCGUGGUAGCUUGAUACGUGUACGUCUGCGCGAUCCCGAGAUGGCAAACCGCUUCAUGGUGAAUAUGCGCGCCAUCAGUCUUCUGGAGGCUGACGUUACUCUUCUUGGCCCCUAUCGGGGGCAGCUCAUCCCUUCCGCAACAGCCGCUUCCGAUCAUCAGAUUAACAGGGAGGUGCAAGUAGUUCUUCUCCCUAUGAAUAAGGCUGAAACUUCCAAGGGAUCAGAAAAAUCUCCAUCCGUUGAUAUCGCGCGGAUCCUUCCUCCUGGCUUCGGUGACGCUGUACUACGUGCUAGUCAGUCCCUUCCCGAAGGUGUCAGCAUGGAGGUUCGCGGCUAUGACUUCAACAAAGGUGUAGACUAUGAGGCACUUCUUGCCUCCUACGCUAGUACCGGAUUUCAAGCCACUCAUUUUGCACUGGCAGUUGAUGUACUCAACUCUGUGAUCGAGAGGAGAAGCGUAGUGCCAAGCGAUGAGGACGCGAAAUCGAAGGAAGUGUUGGAAAGUCUGGGGUUGGGCAUCGCUCGACGCUCCGGCUGUACUGUCUUUCUCGCCUACACAUCUAAUAUGAUAUCUGCGGGUGUUCGUGAGGUCAUUCGCUUCCUAGUUCAGCACAAUCUAGUUGAUGUGUUGGUAACGUCGGCUGGGGGCGUGGAGGAAGAUUUUGUGAAGUGUAUGGCUAAUUUCUACGUGGGUGAUUUUUCUCGCUGGACGGGAACAGAGCUACGUAAACUGGGUAUUAACAGGACAGGAAACUUGCUAGUGCCGAAUAAUAACUAUGUGCUUCUGGAGGAGUGGCUCAACCCUAUUUUUGAUAAAAUGCUGGAAGAGCAAAACACCAAUAAUGUGAAUUGGACUCCUUCAAUGGUAAUUGACAGAUUGGGUAAAGAAAUCAAUAAUCCAGAGUCUGUGUACUAUUGGUGUCACAAGAACGGAAUCCCUGUGUUCUGUCCGGGCAUAACAGAUGGUGCGCUGGGGGACGUGUUGUUCGCCCACACCUACAAAUCACCGCCGGGUUUGCGAGUGGACGUGGUGGCAGACGUGAGACGAAUUAACUUGCUGGCAAUCUACUCGUGCUCUACGGCUGUGGUGGUGCUCGGUGGGGGCAUUGCAAAGCACCACACUCUGAACGCUAAUCUCAUGCGCAAUGGAGCAGAUUAUGCGGUGUAUGUAAACACAGGUCAAGAGUUCGAUGGUUCUGACGCAGGUGCACGGCCCGACGAAGCUGUCUCCUGGGGGAAACUGCGCAACACUUCCGAUCCUGUCAAAAUUUAUGGCGAUGCGUCCCUUAUCUUCCCCCUGCUUGUCGCCAUGACCUUUGCCAAACACUUCCACCAGACCCAUAGAUUAUAA